AUGGCCAGAAAGAAAGCACAGAGAGUCAAGAGAAAGCUCCCAAAUGCCAGAGCAGAGAAAAGAUUCUCUUGCCUGGAGUGCAACAGAGAGCACACUGUCAUAUGCAGCAUAGAUAACUCGAAGAACAGAGGCACUGCAAAAUGCACAUUCUGCGAGGCAAUUCACCGAUGUACUACGAACAGACUUUCCCAAGCAAUUGAUGUCUACGCGGAUUGGGUUGAUCACAUUGAAAAGAAGUCUUCCAGUUAA